CGACACCCUCCUUCAUCAUGCCCACUACCUUCAACCAAGAUUUCAAGACCCCCACAUACUCCGGGAAAGUCGCGUUCAACACCGGAGUCUACAUCAAUGGCGAGUUCAGAGAUGGUUCUGACAGCACUACCAUCGAUAUCAUCAACCCUACGACUGGCCGAGUCCUCACCAAGAUCUCCGAGGCCACGGCCAAGGACGUGGACAUUGCAGUGGAGGCAGCCCAGAAGGCGUUCGAGACCUCCUGGGGCCUGAAGUGCCCUGGAGCUCAGCGGUCCAUCCUCCUGAACCGCCUUGCUGAUCUGAUGGAAAAGAAUCACGACGAGUUGGCCGCUAUCGAGGCCAUAGACGUCGGCAAAACCUUCAACUGGGCCAAAAACGCGGACGUCGCUUCGUCAAUUGCCUGCAUACGCUACUACGCCGGCUGGGCCGACAAGAUCACAGGACAGGUCAUCGAAACGACGGAAGCCAAGCUCACCUACACCCGUCACGAGCCAAUUGGCGUCGUCGGACACAUCAUCCCGUGGAACUUCCCAUUACUCAUCAUGUGUUGGAAGCUUGGGCCAGCCCUCGCAACUGGCAACACAAUCGUCCUGAAGCCUUCUGAGGUGGCGCCUUUGUCCCCGAUCCGGAUGUGUGAGCUCAUCGCGGAGGCCGGCUUCCCUCCUGGUGUCGUCAACGUCGUCACCGGCUACGGUAACACCGUGGGCAACGCGAUCUCCAUGCACGAAUCUAUCGAGAAGAUCUCGUUCACUGGCUCGACUGUUGUGGGUCGUAAGGUCAUGGAGGCUGCCGCCAAGAGCAACCUCAAGAACGUCACUCUUGAGCUCGGCGGCAAGGGUCCGAACAUCAUCUUCAACGAUGCUGAUCUCGAUCAGGCUGUCAACUGGGCUGCUUUCGGCGUUUUCUGGAGUGCCGGCCAAGUUUGCUGUUCAGGAUCCAGAAUCUUCGUCCAGGAUGGCAUAUACGACAAGUUCCUCGAGAAGCUCACAGAGAAGGUCAAGGCGAUCAAUGCCGGCGACCCCUUCGGCGACACCAUAUGGCACGGUCCUCAGGUUUCCGAGGGCCACUAUAAGCGGAUCAUGGAGUACAUUCAGUCCGGCAAGGACGACGGCGCCAAGGUCCACAUCGGCGGCGAGCGGAUAGGCACCGAAGGCUUCUUCAUCGAACCCACGGUGUUCACAGAGACAACACCGGAGAUGAGGAUCGUCAAGGACGAGAUCUUCGGUCCUGUCGCUGUCCUCAUCAAGUUCUCGGACGAGCAGGAUGUGAUCCGCCAGGCCAACGACACCGUUUACGGUCUCUCUGCUGCAGUGUUCACGACGAACCUCAACCGAGCAAUCGAGACCGCGCACCAGAUCAAGGCAGGCAUGACGUUCAUCAACUGCACCAACUCUCCAGAGAGCAAUGUGCCAUUCGGCGGGUUCAAGCAGAGUGGAGUGGGUCGUGAGCUGGGCGAAUAUGCCCUCCAACACUAUACCAACGUAAAAGCUGUUCAUGUCAACCUUGGCAUUUCUAUGAGUAUCUGAUAUGCGAAGUAUGAUAGUGCGGAUAUGCGGACAAUGUACGAGUCGGACGAGAUCAUAAAGUCGCAUGUACUAUACAUAAAUUAACGAUUAGAUUCGAAUAGAAGAGCGCUUUUCAAACAAAC